AAUAAUAAUAAUAUUAUUAUUAUUGACAGUACUAAUCCACAGAAACAUCACACCAGUCACAGAUUUUUCGAAGCCUUCUCAGACAUUGACCCGUUCGGGCGAGAUCGGACCACUCGAAGUUUUACGAAAGCGCACGACUGUGACGUCAACGAUUACUCCCAUCCCGGUCACGUCAGAUCACCUUUUAUUUGCCCACUAGCGACAAUUAUAUUAUGCGAUAAGUUGCCGACACAAGUGUCGAUAUUUCAGAUGACUGAAUUGACGAUAGAAAAUAAAAAAAGUGAUCGAAAUAAUGAU